AAAGUAGUAUUAUAAUAUUCCAUUAAGAUUUCAUGUUUCAUUAAGACAUUGCGUAUAUAAAAGAUUGAAAUUAAUAUCGUUUAUUAGUCAGUUUAUUUUUGGUCAACCUGAAUGAUUCUAGGGUAUACUAACGAACAAUGAGAAGUGCCAUAGUAUUAUGUCUUCUGGCUGUCUUUUGCACUGUCGAUGCGACCCUUUUGAAUAUUUUGUUACUUCAAGUGCGGAAUACAAAAUGGGCCGUAGAGAGUACUAUGCGACAAGUCGAGCUUAUUCGCGAUAGCGUUAAGCAGGACGUAGAUUUGACAGUCCUGAAAAAAUGGUUAGAACAAAUAGAAAAGCACAACAAGUACAUCGAUCCAAUACUCGAUACCAUAUUUAGAGAAGUAGAGGAUGCCAAAGCGAGGGGUAAAAAUGCGCAAUCGUGCUACGAUGCUGCACUUCUUAUCGUCCGAAAUAUCAACUAUGACGCAUAUACCGAUGCCCAACGAUGCCACGAAUCUGCAAAAGACUCUAUCAAUAACAAUCUUGGCUUCAUCGAUCAUCUUAUCACGAUCGGACGCGGACUGUUAGAAGAAUUAGAUAAUAUCUUUCCGGACUGCUACGAAAAGAAUUCAAGACUUGUCGACAUUUUCAAAUUACAAAGCUGUAUCGCCAAUCAACUUGGUAUAAGUAAGACUGGCGUAAAGGAUUUGAAAACCGAUGCCAGUACUGCCAGGUCUACCGCCAAAUACGCGUCCAACAUCGUCCUUAAAGAGGCUACUGAUUGCUUAAACAACGCUUACUCGAUCGCGCAAUCCAAAGUUUCAGAGGCCAGAGCGGCUGCUACGAGAUGCCUCAAUUCUGUAUAAGAAGGAUUACGUUUAUUCGUAACUUAUAUCGGUCUUAUAUCGGUCGAUUACAAUGUCUAAAAUUAUUUUCAAAAGAAAUAGUUAUAAGAUAUUUAUAAUUCGAAAACAAAAAA